GCCUCUUGCUUGUUCAUUGUGACUUAUCUGCCUCCAUCUCUUCCGAUGCUUAAUUUCACUUUCGGAAUACGGAUCGACAAAAGAUCUGUUGAUUUUCAAUGGCAGACGGUCUGCCUUCAGGAUUAUUGGAAGCAUGCAUUGUUAUUGGAGCUUCAUCUGAUAAGUUGAAUAAGCUGUCCCAGUCUUUGUCACAACUGAAUGGAAGUCCUCUUCCUCUGCUCGAUCCUGAGGUUCUGCAGGUCCACAGGCCUCUGUUUUGCCUUAAACAGAAUGUCACGGAACCGGCUGUGGAAACCUUAAGUCCGACUCAGCAAUGGUGUUCUCCGAUUCAGAAAAACAACGAUAAGCCCACUUUUAACACCGUAAACCCCAAGGAGGAAGCCACAGAGAAUGCCAGCACUCUUAAAGAACUGGAUCUGGCAGCUUUACCACAACUGUGCUUUCCAGGAGGACUUCAGGUAACUAAGAAGCAAAAGGAUGAACAGUUCCAUUACUUGGUCUUCACCGAUGUGCUUGGAAACCAGUCUCAUGGAGUAGUUCUCCAGUUCUACAGAGCAACGCAGGAAGGGAAGCAGCACCAAAAUGGACACCAGACCUCAUACAAGCCUCCACAACUCUAUACUCCUUAUGCAGUGUGUGUUAUAUCAAAACACCCAUAUUACAGCGCUCUCAAGGACUGUCUAUCCAGCCUCUUACGUGAGCUCAAAAUCUGCCAGAUGACUGAGAUGGAGGAGCGAGCGAAGGAGUUUUCUGCUAAACUAUCUGUGGUCCCAGUUCCCCCUCCUGGUCAGCUGCAUGUGAUGUUCAUCAUGCAGCCUCUGAUGAUUGUCCUUCCAUCAAGAGAGGAUCAACAUCAUCCUGUGGUUGAUUUGGACCUUCAUCUUCCAUUCCUCUGCUUCAAGUCCAAAGAAGUUCUGCAGAUCAUAGCCUGUAUUCUGACUGAGCAGCGUAUGGUGUUCUUCUCAUCGGACUGGGCCAAACUGACUCUGAUUGCGGAGUGUUUUAUGCUGUAUAUUUGGCCUUUGCGCUGGCAGCACCCGCUUGUGCCCAUACUGUCCCAACACAUGCUGGAUUUUGUUAUGGCACCAACUGCCUUCAUCAUGGGAUGCCACAUCAGCCACUAUGAAGAGGUUGCUGAGGAAAAUGAUGAUCUGAUUCUGAUCAAUAUUGAUGAGGGAACAGUAUCCUGCUCUAGCAUUCUUGAUUUUGACAUCCCAGAUGUUCCAUAUGCAGCUGCCCAAUGUUUCAAAAGUCGAAGGAAAGGUCUUCGAUUGCAUUAUGACCUGAAUCUGUUAAAUCAGAGCAUAUGUGGAGACCUUAAUGAGCUGCGAAAUCAGAGAAGAUGUUGGCAACAGAGACUCAAUAAGGAAAUACAAAACAUCAGCCUGGAGCUCCUCUUUAACAUGUUUCGAGAUGUCAGCGAUUACCUAAAUUACGAACACAGAGUUUUCAAUACUGAUGAGUUCCUCAAGACCAGAGACCCAGAGGACCAGUCGUUUUAUAAAAAAGUCUUGGAAACACCUAUUUUCCACUCCUUUUUAAAAGAACGUUUGAACAGAAAAAUGGAUAUGUUUGCCCAACUGGAGCUUAGUAAUCUGACAGAAGAACAAAAAUACAGGAAUGCAGUGGAUUCCUCUCGCAGACCCACUAUACAAGAAAUGAGAAGGAGUUCAUCUAAGAAUGGCCAUCGCUCAAGUCUCUUUAACCAAGAUGACAAACAGGUGUCUCCAACUAGCACUCCUGAAAUGCCUCUUAAUACUACAGCCUGGCCGGUCAAAAUCUUCCAGCUUCCUUUUUUCCCUCGUCCCUUGAACCACCUCAACAUUCUCCAUUACAUUGAAGAUCUGAUCCUCAAGCUCAACAAAGCCAUAUCAGCUGUCUCGCCUGAUGAUUCCUCCCUGCUAGCCAGAUAUUUCUACCUGCGUGGCCUCAUCAACAUGCAAAACUCAAAGCGAUUGGAUGCUCUCAGCGACUUCCAGAACCUCUACAAAACAGACAUUGGGGUUUUCCCCAGAGAGCUGGUGAAGACACUUGUUCAUUCUCUUCAAAAAGAGGAGAGAGUCCAGGUCGAGGAGAGAUGUGAGCUCAGACGCCUUAUCUGUCAGGUGAAGAGCAAAGAGAAAAGAGAGCAGAUGGAGUGCGACAAUCAUGUGAAAAAGUUCCAGCUUCCCAAAGCCCCCAUGCAGCUGGAGGAGUUUGUAAAGUGCAUUCAGGAGUCUGGCAUUGUGCGGGAUGUGGCCACCAUUCAGAGACUGUUUGAAGCUCUUAAUGCUGGUGGUCAGAAGCAGAUUGUUCCAGAGCUAUUCAGGAUGUUUUACAAAUUCUGGAAGGAGACUGAGGCAGAAGCCCAGGACGUUCUUUUGCCUGCUGAGGUCCUGGAGCGCCUGGACAGUAAUGAGUGUGUCUACAAGCUGUCCAGGUCUGUGAAGACCAGUUAUGGUGUUGGGAAAAUAGCAAUGACUCAGAAAAGGAUUUUUCUGCUGACCACAGGAAGUCCUGGAUAUGUGGACAUCACAAAGUUUAGAGACAUUGAGGAAGUGAAGAUCUCUGCCCCUGUACGAAUUUUAAGAAAUUCAUCAUUAAAGAUCAAGAACAGCCUGAGGGAUGAGAUAUUCGAGGCUAAUUUAAAAUCUGAGUGUGAACUGUGGAAUCUCAUGGUCAAGGAGAUGUGGGCUGGCAGAAUGAUGGCAGACAACAAUAAGGAUCCCCAGUAUGUGCAGCAGGCUUUGACCAAUGUCCUUCUUAUGGAUGCUGUGGUGGGCUGUUUGCAGACACAGAAGAGUGUCUGCGCUGCCUCCAAACUGGCCUAUCAUGAAAAGCUACGACAAGAAGUCCCUGUGAUCAUCCCCAGAGAUACAGCAUGGACACUGAAACACAAGAUCAAUCCAUCCCAGAACAUGAUGAAUCCCCAGUCUGUUGAUGUCCUGUUCUACUCUCCAGGCCAGCUAACGUUCCCUGACAGUGAUGUGGAUGUUAAUCCAAAGCUGUGGUGUGGUCUCGGCUGUGGAAAAGUGGUUGUGUUUGAUGCUGCCAGUUGGUCGCUAAAGCAAAACUGCAUUCAUUUAGGAGAUUCUCGACUGAACUGCAUGAUGGGACUGGACCAGGAUCAGGUGUGGAUUGGCUCGGAGGACUCUGUGAUUUAUAUAAUCAACACUCGCAGUAUGCUGUGUCAUAAACAGCUGACAGAGCACAGAGGAGAGCUAACAGACUUCACCCUGGAGAAACUGAGCCCUGAGAGCAGAUCAAGUCGAGCGCAGGUGUACUCCUGUAGUGCAGAUGGCACUGUGAUCGUUUGGGACGUCCCAUCUCUUAAAGUAAAGAGGCAGUUUCAUCUGUCCUGUGACAGACUGCAGUCCAUUCAGAUUCACAAUGGAGCCUUAUGGUGUGGUGCCAGGGACUGUAUAAUGAUGCUGAAGCCUAAUGGAGAUCAGCUUUGGAAAAUUCACCUCCCAGACAAAAUGAAAGCUACGGCCAAUUUCUUCAACAGAGUUACACUGUUUCCAGAGAGACAACAGAUCUGGACUAGUUUCACAGACUUUGCAGAGCUCUGCAUAUGGGACUUUAAUGACCCUGUCAAACCACCCAAACGGCUCAAGCUUCCAAACUGCAAAGGGGUCACCUGUAUGAUCAAAGUGAAGAAGCAGGUCUGGAUUGGUUGUGGUGGUGGUUCGGGUCUCAGUAAGGUUGUGGGGAAGAUCUUGGUGUUGGACUCUGAGAGCUUGGAGGUGGAGAAGGAGCUGGAGGCUCAUGAAGACAGUGUUCAAGUGCUGUUCUCAGUUGAGGACCGAUACGUACUCAGUGGCUCUGCAAAACUUGAAGGCAGAAUCGCCAUCUGGAGGGUUGAUUAAACAGACUUAAAGUUAAGUCUUUGAGGUCUCAGCUUCACAAAUACAGGUGCGUCAAGAUUUGAAGCAUGCAAGUAGUUUCUCAGGUCUCUUUUUUAGGGUCAAGGACAUUUCUAUGGACACUUAAUUUAACUCUUUAAUGUUUGUUUCUCAGAAAAUGAAAGUGAAAGACAGAUUUAUUUUGUAAAUAUUGUAUUUGUAAAUGAUGUUCACAUUCUGCAACUGAGUUAAAGGGAAUGUGAACAACAACAACAACAAGAUUUACUCAGUUUUUUUAUACCACAAAUGCUUUCAAACCACAAGAUUUUUUCUUCUGGUGAACACAAAAGACAAUAUUUUUUAAAAUGUAGCGAUUGACAUCUAUAGUAUUUGUUUUUCCUGGAAUACCAGUAGUUACUGGGUCCAACAUUCCUCAAAAUAUCUUCUUUUGUGCUCAACAGAAAAAAGUAUAGGCUGUUAAUUAUGAUUCAUGUCAGUAAGGGAGUGAACCUAAUACUACAAGGCUGUUUGUUACAAGAAAAAUAAAAUGAUUGCUAUGUUCUUGAAGCAUAUAUUCCACUUGGGGAAUAUGAUUGCUUAGAUCUCAUUUAUUUCUUUGAAAGUAUAUGUCUGUAAAGUCUUAUGUUAAAACAUAAAUAACAGUUAUUAUUUCAUUAUGAAUGAAUCUAAAAGCUCAGUCUUUUGGAAUAUAUUUUUUUAAAUUGAAAGGAGUUGCCUACACAAUUUCCUGAAAAGCAGUGGAUCAAAGGGAAGUGAGGUCCAAACUGCAGCUCUGCCUGAGGAUGGACUGCAGCCGUAAUGAAGAGAUUGUGUAACACUCUGCCAGUCCUUGCACUGUUUUUGGAGUGGCUCGUAUCGUUGUGUGAAAUCCUCUUUAAUAGAAAAUGCUGUCUGGGUUUU